AGAGAAGAGAAAAAGGUUUUCUGGUGGCUGAACUCGAAUAGAUAUUUGAUAUCCGCCAAUUUUAUAACCGGCGAAAAACUCAGCGAACCUCUAUACUUAUACGCCUUCAUUUCUGCUUUAGUUGAAGUGUAAUCAGAUUAAAGUGGCGAGUUUAAUUCAAGGUUCGGUCGUUUGCUGGCAUAGUUUACGGCCCAAGUCAAGUACUGCAUCAAUAUUGAAGCAAUUUGGAGGACUGCAGGUUUAUCCAAUGGGAAAAGCAUCGAGGGACAAAAGAGAUAUUUACUAUCGGAAAGCAAAGGAAGAAGGAUGGCGUGCCCGUAGCGCCUUCAAGCUCCUUCAGAUUGAUGAGGAAUUUAACAUCUUUGAAGGUGUGAAGCGAGUUNCCCGUGUGUUUCUCUUUUUACCCAAGGUUAUCACUAUUAUGGUUUUAAGCCGGAAGUUAUAUCUCCCAGCAAAGUUGUCAUCUGAUACCAAGGAUGGCGAUCUACCACUUAUUGUGGCUAUUGACUUACAGCCUAUGGCUCCCAUUGAAGGUGUUAUUCAAGUACAGGGUGAUAUAACAAAUGCUAAAACAGCUGAAGUGGUUAUUAGACAUUUUGACGGAUGCAAGGCUGACAUUGUUGUCUGUGAUGGUGCACCUGAUGUAACGGGACUUCAUGACAUGGAUGAAUUUGUUCAGUCCCAGCUGAUAUUGGCGGGCCUAACCAUUGUCACUCACAUACUAAAAGGAGGCGGAAAGUUCAUAGCAAAAAUUUUUCGAGGAAAAGACACAAGCCUUCUUUACUGUCAGCUAAAACUAUUUUUCACAGAAGUGACUUUUGCUAAGCCAAAAAGCAGUCGGAAUUCUAGCAUAGAGGCAUUUGCAGUUUGCGAGAAUUACUCUCCACCUGAAGGAUUUAAUGAGAAAGAUCUUCAUCGCCUUCUUGAAAAGAUUGGAAGUCCAUCUGGCACAGAGGACCUAGAUUGCAGUAGUGCAUGGCUGGAAGGUCCUAAUAAGGUGUAUAUUCCAUUUCUGGCUUGUGGAGACCUUAGCGGGUACGAUUCAGACCGUUCAUAUCCACUUCCUAAAGCUGCAGAUGGAACCUAUCAGUGUUUAGAUCCUGUACAACCUCCAAUUGCACCGCCAUAUAAACGAGCUCUUGAAAUGAAGAAAGCGUCGAAUCAAGGAAUCCAAAACCUAGACAAGCUUUCUCUUAGCUCCUAAUCUUACCAUCCAGAAUUAUUCCAUUCUGUGACAUUGGAAAGUCGCUUAUACGUCACCAAAUGUAAGGACUUUUUAUUGUUAACUGCACUUGCAAUUAAUGAAUUUAAUGUGUUUUGUUAAGACUUUAGACAGUUCAGAACCAAAUGAGAGUCAUCUACUUCUGCCCCCGGCCUUUGGUUCACUAGGCAAAGGUAGUACAGCAUGGAAUGUGCGGUAGGCAUACGUCACGAGAUUUUAUCAUCUUGUGAACUUAUAUUUAAGUGGAGAACGGUAGGGGAGCAAAUCCAUUAUCCACCAAGUUUCAAGUUCAGAGCAACUGAUUUAUCAGUUAUAAAAAAAGAAUGACAGUAAUAUACUUGUGUAAUAACGAAUUUAUUUGUACUUAGAUGACUAAAUCUUCAAUUA